AUCGUGGAUUUUUCCGGGAUGAAAAGCCUAUGUGCUAAUCCAGAGUAAAAUCUAUUCCCAUUCCAAUAUUAGUGUGACUAGGAUAUAAAAUGAGAAAAACCUGGCUGAAAAUCAAACCUGGAACCUCUAUAUUGCAAGGCAAAGCAUAACCAAUUGCAUAAACGUUAACAGUCGGCAUGCCCUCAUUAUCAGAAGCUUUAAUUGUACGUACCGUGUCUGAAACGGUAAAAGAAAAACAUCGUGAGGAAACCUGCAUACCAGAGAAUUUUACUCUUUACGUGUCAAGUCUGCUAAUCCGCGGUGGGCCAGCGUGGUGGGCUGCCUAACCCCUGAGAAACCUAUCUGAGAGGAGACACGAGCUAUUUGCUGACAUCUUCAUGAAAAAUGUCUUUUGUCAUUCUCAAGAUGUUCGUAGCAACAUUUGGCUCUAUGCUUGGUUCGGCUCGUUGUUCAGUUCGACAAAUACAAAAACAGCGAAUGCUCGUUGUUCUGUUACAAGUGAAUGCUCAAGUCUAUCAGCACCUGUAUAUUCGUAUUUUGUUCUCCACGUAACGAGAUAAAGAGACAAGUAACCGUCAACAGUUUAUCUCGCGCUCGCAGCGAGACGUCACGCCUCGUCGCAGUAAUGACUCUACUGCAGUGUGCGCGAGCUAUUAGGGUUGACUUGCAGUUAAAUUCAAAACUCCAUCUUCUAAAAACUUUACCAACCCACAUUACCCUCAUUACAUGAUUCACAUCAAAUACCCAACAAUCCGCAUUGAAGCAGCAUGAUGGGUCUAACCGUUUAAACCAUAUUAUUUCGUAUACUAUAAGGAGGGAGAUAACCUCUAGCUUCGAUUCGGAGGGUUUAGGUUCAAAUUCAGUCCGGAACAUGCACCUCCAACUUUACAAUUGUGUGCAUUUUAAGAAAUUAAAUAUCACAUCACGUGUCUCAAACGGUGAAGAAAACAUAUCGUCAGCAUCGCCAAUCCGCAUUGGGUCAGGGUGGAGGACUAUUAGUCAUCAGAGAGGGGUUAUCUCUCAUUCUGUGAGGAGACUCGUGCUUAACAGUGAGCCGAACACGGGCUAACUUGUUAAAAAUAAUAAAAACCUACCUACAUGAAAGUUGGAUAGAGGACGCUUAAAACUACAAACACAAUUCAUAUAUGUUCUUAGAUACACAACCCUGUGACACGCAUUCGUGUUCAUGUGCCUUGAACUUCGUCAUACCACAGCCCACAGCAAAUAGUUCAAGCGUGCAUAGCGACAUCAUCCAGCCAUGUUCGCGUUACUGCUUCUAUUGACACAAGUUAGCGGCGACUGGGUCGAAAUAUCGCAAAACCAUUACAGGAAGGACCCAGUGCAUCCAGCACAUUUUGACUACACUACAAAAUCUAAUAGCAUAUACAAAAAUAAUUCUAUAACAGAAAAACAGUGGCACAGAGGCGUAGUAGAUAAAGUGUCUAAAGGUAACAUUCGGCCAGUGCAGCAUCCCAGUGUUAAAGCAAGCUCCGUGAAAAUAAGACAUGGUGAUGAUAGAUUUAUUAAAUACAGUAAUGAUUAUAAAACCACAGAAGCUGAUUACAGUUUUGUGUCCGCGAAACCGAAUAUACAAAAGUUUAAAACGUACGACGAAGAUUUUGAACAAACUAAACAUCCAUACUCUAAACCUAUUAAAAAGCUUGAAACUUUACCAACUAACUUAAACCGUAGAAAAUACUUUGAUGAAAAAUACAGCGAAGAUGAAAAUGAUGUAAUUAAUCAGGAAAAACAAGUGCAAAUAAGUGAACCGCCCUUAGCAAUUCCCAAAAAAAAUAUGGACGAAAUAAAUUUUAGUGAAAAUGAUAAUUUCUUUACACGAGCAACUCCAAAAUUAGGUGCUUCUACAUCAAAUAGCAGACAUUCAAACUUUGUUAACAAUAAGGAUCUAAGUAAUCCAAAAAUAAAACUAUCGAAUAUGGAAGACGAUAGACAUGUUGUAGAAAAUGAUAUAAAAAGAGUUCUGCAAAGUGAUGCAGAAAAUUCCGACGAAAUAGAAUCUUACGUUAAAAAUCUACAGCCACUCAGAGAAUUGAAUUCCAGUAACACGUUUAGAAAUAUAGGAUUAGGAAAAAAACAUAUUACUAAAACUGCAGGAGAAAUAGAGGAACCUGUUCAGAAUAAUGACAAAGAAGGUUCAUCAUCUAUAGAUGAAGUAACUACGAAUUAUAAGGCAGAAGAUCACAUACCUAAAAGUAUAUCAAACGUUACCAACAGUAAGACAAUGAAGGGAAUGUGGAAGCUGCUGAAACUAGUAACGGACACCAUUUACAAAAAUACACAUCGGAGUUUCAAGGGCAAGAUCAAAUAUUUGGAGAAUCUAAAAACGACAAUACUAAAGAGUAUAGAAGAACAAAUAGACAGAGCUUGGCCAGACGAUCACGUCGACGUCCAAAAUUCGCGACGCUCCCGUGCGGCGCAGGCGCGGGGCCACGUGGAGUUUCCGUCCUCUGAGAGCACCCUGAUGACCAUCUCGUUCCUCACCUUCGCUGUGUUUGUGAUCAAAUUAGUUUUGCAAGUAAUCCACACUUACAAGAACAAGACCAUGAUGGUGACUCCCGCAGUAGUUGCGGCGGUGGGACGGGCGGCCGCUGCGUUCAAAACCUCACAAUAGAAUUUAUUAUACUUUUAUUAAUAAACGACAAGUUAAAGAAAUUAA